UCAACAGCCAAUCCUGGAGCCUGUUGUUUAACAGUCAAUCGGUUUGAAACAGUAAAGCAAGCGUUUUCUAACUAACGGAAUAACUUGGGAAACGAGUGCGGUAGCCUGUAUAAAAAUAUAAAACAGAUGUCCUCUGACGAAGAACCAAGCAGUCCUGUCCUGCCCAAGGACUCUGAUCCUGGCAGCUCUGUGUCCUCUGAUCUUCAGGAUGAGUAUGAGGAGCUCCUCCGAUAUGCUGUUGUCACCCCAAAGCUCGACAGACUCACCAGUGCUCAUUCGCAGCGGCCCUCACAUCUGCCUGCAGGGAGUCGGACUUCACAGAGAAAAGAGGACACAAAAUCACUGCGCCCAGCAGAUAUGGCCAGCGAAGCUAAAGAUGGAGGGCAUUCCAGCAGGAGUGUAAGAUCAUCACAGGUCUCCCCCUUACUUGAGCCCUCCACACGUCUAAAAGUCUCUCAUGCUGAGGAUAUGGCAGGUCGGUCAUGUAGCAGGGUGUCCGUGCUCUCAAACGCUCCCUCAGACAGGUUACAGACAGUGUCUGAGAGGUCAAGGCCAAGCAGCCCACACCAACUCGAUUCUGCUGUGACCGAGAUGUUCAUAUCGGAGGAAAACAUAUGCAAGAUGGAGAACAUACUGGACGUGUGGAGCAACAACCUGAAGUCAAAUGUGCUGACAGAGCUCAGGAAGUGGAAGCUUGCGUGCAUGGACCAACACCAACUGGAAAUGAGGAGAGAGAAGGAGAGGUAUGCAGCCCAGAGCGCUGACUUGAGGACAGAAAUAGACGGUCUGAAGGGGCUGCUGAAUACCUACGAGACUUCCAACCAGAGAAAAGAUGAGGUGAUCAUGAACCUGAGCCAGGUGUUGGACAGAAAUAAAGAAAAACAUGAAAAGAUGAGAGCCUUCACCCACUGGAGAAUCCAGCACUCUGAGGCCAAAGAGGAGGCACGUGCGGCUCAGGUAGCACGACAGCACUACAACUUGCAGCUGAAGAAGAAGGUGUGGUUCGGCUGGCAGUCUCUGAUCCAGAAACACUGGAAGGUCAAGGUGGAGCGGGCUUGCCGUGCAAGGGCUGAAGAAGUCUGCACCCGUCUGUCUACAGAGUAUGAGGCCAAGCUGGCAGAGCACUGUGAGGCUAUAGAAAAGGCCCAGGCAGAGAUUCAGAGACUGCGGCUAGAGCGAGAGCGUUCUGAAGAAUCUAUGAAGAAAGCCUUCAUGAGGGGCGUGUGUGCUCUCAACAUGGAGGCUCUCGGCAUGUUUCAAACCACAGAGGGACAACCUUCAGUUCAAGAACAGCACGAUAAUCUGCCUCCUCAGGAUGAGUACUCUGCUACAUCGGGUCAACUACAACCUUAUCCAACCUCCUCCACACAGUUUAGCCCCGUCUACUUUGACCGCCCGGACCCUUCCCACAGCCGAGCAGAGGAUAUGAUGGGCUUUGGUGCCGCCGCGUCCAGGGCAGAAGUGAUAACUGCAGCAGUGCACAGCUCCCUCCCACUCGGGGGCACUGCAAGUUCCCACAAACAGGUGAGCGGUUGCGUCGUCACUGCCAGUCAACAAAGAGCUUCAAAGACUGUAACGGCUCGCGGCACCGCCCGCCCUGACGCUGGCAAGGCUGCGCGGGUCAACCUCCAGGUGACGAGUGUGGCUCCGCCCAUGAGCUCUGUGGUCGUUGAACGCCAUCAUCCCGUUACGCAGCUCACUAUCGGUCAGGCCACGGCCGCUAAGUUUCCUCGCUCCUCCCAACAGGGCCAAAGCUCCACCAGAGGCAGAAGCUCCUCCAGAGCACCCAGCAGCACGUGCCAUGCGCACUCUAUCAAAGUAGUUGAUUGACCACAUGCCAUGCAGGUGUCGAUUUUAUUCCAUGCCACUAACCAAGAAAUGGUUUAGUUUUAUUAUAUUUGGAUAUUUUGGAUUGAAUUUGUCCACUCUGGUAUUUUAAGUGAACAUUAAAUGUCCUUUCAUCAAUGUGCAGGAUUUCUUUUCGAAUAGGAUUCUCAGAAAAGCGUUGUAAAUGUUUUGAUUAUUAACAACUGGACAGAGUUUAGAAUUACAAAACUUUAUUUCUAUGAAAAAAAUGUUUUGACAGAAUAGUUUAACCUGUUCAUUAUUUUAGAUUUCAAGUAUUAUUUUUCAUGAUUUCUUUCCAUAAAGUCCAACCAUCCCAAACUGCAGGUUUGUUAAAAACUCACUGAUCAAAAUAAAGUACUUUAUGAUGA